CUUAUCCACGUCAACAUCCGCCGGCAACAUGGAGGCCAGGGCAAGCUUUGGCAUUUUGGUGUUAUUUUCUAUUUGUUUGACAACUGUAGGACAAAACUACAAGAAGAAAGAGGAAUCAGUUGGUGAUAAAGUUCAACAGCUGACUGAAUGGAAUCUGAAAAAAUCUGUUAUACGCUUGACUGGUGACAAGUUUCGUCAGUAUGUGAAGACAGCACCCAGGAACUAUUCCAUGAUUGUGAUGCUGACAGCCCUGCAGGCACAGAGGCAGUGCUCCGUGUGCAGACAGGCCAACGAGGAAUACACCAUCCUGGCCAACUCGUGGCGCUAUUCCCAGCAGUUCUCCAACAAACUCUUCUUUGCUCUUGUUGACUACGACGAGGGACCAGAUGUGUUCCAGAAUUUGAAGCUGAACACUGCUCCGGUGUUUAUGCACUUCCCUCCCAAGGGCAAGCCCAAGAAGGGAGACUCUCUAGACAUCAACAGGGUUGGGUUUGCUGCAGAACAGAUCGCAAGAUGGGUUGGUGAAAGAACGGAUAUACAGAUCCGUGUAUUCCGUCCUCCGAAUUACUCCGGUACACUGGCCUUGGCCCUCCUCUUCUCCCUGAUUGGAGGACUGCUGUAUCUGAAGCGCAACAACCUCGAGUUCCUGUACAACAAGACGUCCUGGGGAAUUGGAGCUUUGGCUGUGAUAUUUGCCAUGACAUCAGGACAGAUGUGGAACCACAUCCGUGGCCCCCCUCUCAUGCACCGCAACCCCCACACUGGGGCUAUGCACUACAUCCACGGCAGCAGUCAAGGCCAGUUCAUCAUGGAGACCUACAUCGUCAUGCUUCUCAACACUGCUGUCGUGUUCGGCUUCAUCCUGAUGAACGAAGCUCACUCUCUCAAGGGGGACCCCGGGAAGAAGCGGAUCUUGGCUCUGGUCGGUCUAGGAUGUGUGGCAAUAUUCUUCAGCCUCCUCCUCUCUGUGUUCCGAUCCAAGUACCAGGGCUACCCGUACAGCUUCCUGUUCAAGUGAGGUCAAGGCCGUCUGAUGUAGCAGGAGAUGUUGUAUGUGGGAAUACAUCAACAGAGUGUGUGUGAGAGCGUUUGUGUGUGUGUAUUUGGGUUAUACUUGAGGGGAGAUUGACUACAUGGAAACAUGGGAUACUGAUCGCCUGUCACUGUCCAUGCAUUAUGUUUCGGUGAUCAUAAAUCAAUCAAUUAUUGCUACUUUUUUUCUGAAUCUAUUGCUUUACAUGAUGUCAAAGAACAUAAUGGUCAUUUGUCUUCACAUCAUGGCUUCAAAGAUGCCAUUCCCAGAAUGCCAUGUAUGUAUGAAAUUUACAACUAUAUCCACAGUUUUGGAAUAAAGAUGAGGAUGUAAAUGUAUUAUGAAUAUAAAAGAUUUUGUGACCAGAUAAUUGUUUUGUAUUAUUUCCCCUUUGUGUAACAGAGAACACUUUUCAUAUUUUGUCUUCAUAUGCUUGUUCUGAGGUGAAUAUUUGUGGCAGGGUGUUUGACAGGGAGUCAGUGUUGCUGAUCAUUUAGUCUUGCCACAUAAAAUAUUUCAUGUUGACAUAACACGUCUCAGAUUUAAUAAUCAUGUGACUGAGUGAGAGACUUCAGAAUGUGAUGGGUGUGAGUGGUGUGUUAUUAGUUUCUGGUUACUAUGGAAUAAUGUAGGUAUCAUGUUGCAUUUCCUGUCAACAUGGUCAAGGGAAAUUUGCAUGGAUCUUUUUUGUUAAUUAUAGUCAUAUAAUGUGGCUUUUUAAUUAUAACUUUAUUUGGUACAUUUUGUUGUGUUAUGUCAUUAUCAAACUAUUUGUGCAUAUGUGGAAUAAAUUUAUUGAGAUGCACAA